CCUCCCCACCAUUGUGUCAUCAUACCCUUUCCUCCUCCUCCUCUUCUCUUUUGCUCCCUCUCAUUUGCUCUCACGCCACCAGGAUCAAACGCACGGCAGGAUGUCCAUAGUGAAUAUUGUUGCCAGGGAGAUCCUGGACUCCAGGGGAAACCCCACUGUGGAAGUAGAUCUGCAUACAUCCAAAGGUCUGUUCAGGGCGGCAGUGCCCAGUGGUGCUUCAACGGGCAUCUAUGAGGCUCUGGAGCUCCGAGAUGGGGACAAGACUCGCUACAAGGGCAAAGGUGUGACCAAGGCUGUCGCUCACAUCAAUGACACUCUCGGCCCUGCUCUCAUCGAAUCUGGAAUCAGUGUUCUGGAGCAGGAGAAACUGGACAACAUGAUGAUUGAAAUGGACGGCACCGACAACAAAUCUAAGUUUGGGGCCAAUUCUAUUCUCGGAGUGUCGCUGGCUGUAUGCAAAGCUGGAGCGGAGGAGAAAGGCGUCCCCUUGUACCGUCACAUCGCUGACCUGGCAGGAAACGGAGAACUGGUUCUUCCAGUUCCAGCCUUUAACGUAAUCAAUGGGGGCUCUCAUGCUGGGAACAGACUGGCUAUGCAGGAAUUCAUGGUCCUCCCUGUCGGCGCAGAGUCUUUCCGUGAUGCUCUGCGUGUCGGGGCAGAGCUCUACCAGACACUUCGAAGCGUCAUUAAGGAGAAAUAUGGUCAGGAUGCUACAAAUGUGGGAGAUGAAGGAGGGUUUGCUCCUAACAUACAAGAGAACAGUGAAGCCUUGGAGCUGAUAAAGACAGCCAUCGAGAAAGCGGGCUUCACAGAUAAAGUGGUGAUUGGGAUGGACGUCGCUGCCUCCGAGUUCUUCAGUGAGGAUAAAUACGACCUGGACUUCAAGUCUCCUCCCAACGCUGCCCGCAACAUCAGCGCAGAGGAGCUGGCCAGCAUCUACCAGGGCUUCAUUAAGAACUAUCCAGUCGUGUCUAUUGAAGAUCCGUUUGACCAGGACGACUGGCCUGCUUGGUCUCAGUUCACAGCCUCAGUGGGCAUCCAGGUGGUUGGAGAUGAUCUUACUGUGACAAACCCACGCAGGAUACAACGAGCUGUGGAGGAGAAGGCCUGCAACUGUUUGCUACUCAAAGUCAACCAAAUCGGAUCUGUGACGGAGGCCAUCAAAGCGUGUAAACUGGCCCAGGAGAAUGGCUGGGGGGUGAUGGUCAGCCAUCGCUCAGGUGAAACAGAGGAUACUUUCAUAGCUGACCUGGUGGUUGGUCUUUGCACUGGACAGAUCAAAACUGGAGCUCCAUGUCGAUCUGAGCGUCUGGCAAAAUACAAUCAGCUCAUGAGGAUUGAAGAAGAGUUAGGAGACCAAGCCCACUUUGCAGGACACAACUUCCGCAACCCCAGUGUCCUUUGAGCACUGUAAACAAGGAAGUCAAAUGCUGUUAAAUAUAGAUGGUUAUAACUGCUCUUAAGGAUGCCAAAAAGACACAAAUCAAUGAGUCAUGAAGUAAAUUAAACAUACAUAAAAUACUCUAUAGCUGGAAUAUAUUGAUCUAAUAUCUCUUUGUGUGUUCCCUGAUACGUCUUAUUGUGUUUUUUGUGUUCUGUUGUUUCGUCUCGUUCCUGUUCCACAGUUGUUACUUUGUCCAUUUAACUGAAUAAAUAAACCAAUACUGUAUAUGUCUCACACUAAA